CCGCGACCAUGCCCAGGAAGAAGGCGGCCUGGGAGGAGCCGAGCGCGGGCAACGGCACGGCGCGCGGAGGGCCCCGGCGGCGCGGCGGCGCGGCGGGCCGGAAGCGCGAGCGGCCCGAGCCCUGCAGCAGCAGCAGCGGCGGCGGCAGCAGCGGCGACGAGGACGGCCUGGAGCUGGACGGGGCGCCCGGCGCGGGCAAGCGCGCGGCGCGGCCGGCGGCGGCGGGCAAGGCGGGCGGCGCGGCCGCGGUGGUCACGGAGCCCGAGCUCACCAGGGAGCGCGUGAAACUUGAAGGGUCAAAGUGCAAAGGGCAGCUUUUGAUUUUUGGGGCAACCAACUGGGACCUGAUCGGUCGGAAAGAAGUGCCUAAGCAGCAAGCUGCUUACCGGAACCUCGGUCAGAACUUGUGGGGGCCCCACAGGUAUGGCUGCCUGUCGGGGGUCCGGGUGCGGACUGUGGUCUCUGGGUCGUGCGCCGCGCACAGCCUCCUCAUCACCACGGAGGGGAAGCUGUGGAGCUGGGGUCGAAAUGAGAAGGGGCAGCUGGGACACGGAGACACCAAGAGAGUGGAAGCCCCCAGACUCAUCGAGGGGCUGAGCCACGAAGUGAUUGUGUCAGCAGCGUGCGGCCGGAACCACACCCUGGCCUUGACCGAAACGGGUUCCGUGUUUGCCUUCGGAGAGAACAAGAUGGGGCAGCUGGGCCUUGGCAACCAGACCGACGCCGUCCCGAGCCCCGCGCAGAUAAUGUACAACGGCCAGCCGAUCACCAAGAUGGCCUGCGGGGCCGAGUUCAGCAUGAUCACCGACUGCAAAGGAAACCUGUAUUCCUUUGGGUGCCCCGAGUACGGCCAGCUGGGACACAACUCGGACGGGAAGUUCAUUGCCCGGGCACAGCGGAUCGAGUACGACUGCGAGCUGGUGCCCCGGCGAGUGGCCAUCUUCAUUGAGAAGACCAAAGACGGGCAGAUUCUGCCGGUGCCGAACGUGGUGGUGCGGGACGUGGCCUGUGGUGCGAACCACACGCUGGUGCUGGACUCCCAGAAGCGCGUCUUCUCCUGGGGCUUCGGUGGCUACGGGCGGCUGGGCCAUGCGGAGCAGAAAGACGAGAUGGUGCCCCGCCUGGUGAAGCUGUUCGACUUCCCCGGCCGCGGGGCCUCGCAGAUCUACGCCGGCUACACCUGCUCCUUUGCCGUCAGCGAAGUGGGCGGGCUGUUUUUCUGGGGCGCCACCAACACCUCCCGCGAGUCCACCAUGUACCCGAAGGCAGUCCAGGACCUGUGUGGCUGGAGGAUCCGCAGCCUGGCCUGUGGGAAGAGCAGCAUCAUCGUAGCCGCGGACGAGAGCACCAUCAGCUGGGGGCCGUCGCCGACCUUUGGGGAGCUGGGCUAUGGGGACCACAAGCCCAAGUCGUCCACCGCGGCCCAGGAGGUGAAGACCCUGGACGGCAUCUUCUCGGAACAGGUGGCCAUGGGCUACUCACACUCCUUGGUGAUCGCGAGAGACGAGGGCGAGACGGAGAAGGAGAAGCUGAGGAAGCUGCCCGAGUACAACCCCCGGACCCUCUGAUGGGGCGGCGCCCCUCGCGGCAGCGGUCACUCCAGUGCACUGGGGCGGGAAGUCCGGACGAGCGACGGGAAAAGCGAGAGUCGGCCGCAGGUGCAUUUUUGUUAGGCUCCCGAGGUUCCGUUUUCUAAGCGAUUCCACGUUGACUACCUUUUCCUGUACGCUUUCCAAAGUGGUUCCCCUCAUGUCAGAUUAAAACACCUGCUCCCCUCCACCUGCCGUCCUGCGGCGGGGCAGCGACUGCAAUCUGGGCUUUUAUUUCGCUUGUUUUUUAAAUUUCUUUUCUGCUUCCUGGCCCUCCCUCCCAGCUGUAAUUAGCAUCUGCGGGGGAGACGGACUGCCCUUCUCCCAGAACGGCUGUCCCUUGUCCCCGUUGUCCCCGACGGCGCCGGGCCCUGGUGGUCGCUCGGCUCCCUCCCCUGGGCUGCCUGUCAGCCCCCCAGCGUCCCAGUGUUGGCCGGGUCCCCCUGGUGGGGGCUCGGGGGUCUGCGUGUAGCCAUUUUUACCUGCUUUAGCUGUAAAAGAGGUCCAAAUGCAAAUCAGGCGACUGUGGGCAGAGGUGGGGAUGAGUGUCCGCGGGGGCCUGCCGGGUGGCCCCCGGUGCAGCCAGGGCUUCGUCGUCACCCAUGAUCACCGAAGAGACGCCGCGCGGCCCCUGCACCCUGUGCUUCCUCUGCGUCCCCACCUCCAGCUGGAGCCACCCGCCUCGGGGUCUCUGCUCUGCCGGCUCGUGGCGCUCUGUGGUCCCGCGUGCUUGCCUCUGGUACCAAAUAGUCGGGCUGGCGGACGGGGCCCCCCAUUCCCGCGUGUCUGCGGACGGCACAGCCGCCCUCUCCCCCUCCCAAGUGCCCAGGCCCGUCGCCAGUGUCACGUGACCCGCGCCACGUGAGUGACGAGGUGCCUUUCCCGGACCCCUCCUUCCGGGCCCGAGAGGCCACAGCUCUGGCUGGGCUGGUUUGCCGAGGGUCCGGACUGGUUUGGGUGCUUUAACUAGGGUUUUAGCUGCGUGGUGCUUGGGGGGACGGGGUAGGACUUUGGCGUGAGACUGGGGUGACUGGGCCAGUUAACACUGCUCUUUGGAAAAUUGUUUGGCUUUUUGCUAUUGUUACCACUUGUCGCUGUCUCAAUGUUACAAAUGCCAAAAAUGAUCUAGGUCAUCAUUGCUUUUCUCCCUGUCUUCCCACCCCAGUCCCUCCUGCAGGGGCUGCCCCCGUGGGGCGCUGACGCGAGGGGGCUCAGCGCUGCCGUCCCGGCCCUGCAGCCCCCGGGCUCCCACUCAGCUAACCUGAUGCGUCCACGUGGCCCCGACAGGUUGCCCGGAUGGUCUUCCCUGGCCUGGGGCUCGGGCAGCUGCUCUUUGUCCCGCUGCAGCCUCCGCCCCAGCGCACAGCGGCCUGGGGCCCGGCCAUUGCAGGGGCCGAGCUGGGCUUGGAGCUCAGAGCCGGCGAGACAAACCUGCAGCCGCCGCCGCCUUCCCUGGCAGCCGGCUCCUCCACACUCCCAGGGAGAGGCACCGGGGCCCCUGCCGCUUCUGACCAGUCUUCCAGAUCGGGGGAAGGGGAACCGAGGCGAGGGCGGGACUUGGUUGAAGGUGCCUGGUUUAGUGCUGUAAUUGUCUUAUUUUUUUUUAUAUAUAUAUUUCUUGGAGUAAACAUUUUAAAUAAACUGCAUCAUUGUU